AUGUUGUCCAACGCAGACAUUGAGGAGGAGAUUACACUCACCGUUGGUAAAGUUCGAUACCUUCUAGUAUCAAACCAGGAGAAUGUAAAUUUCAUCCCCGACGUCAACUUCAAGGGUGAUGAUCCGACACUCUUAAUCGUGUAUUUGACUUCCCCAGGCGAUAGAAUUUCUAAAUCGGCUCUACUUGAUUUUCGAACCAAUGUCCUCGAUCGAGAUGACGUCUUUCAGCCUGAGUUCUGCUCGAACAUCGUCUACUAUGGAAGCAAGAAAGACGAUCUUGAGAUAGAGCCUGAUGCGCUUGAGCAGCUGGCCACAUGGCACACCGAGACUCAAACAUUUGUGACAGCGCGUUCAGGUGCCAACGUUGCUCCAGGGCCGUAUGCCAUAAAACUACUCUGUGCAAUCGAGCAUGGAUAG